AUGCCCAGAUACUCCAUAUUUCCCGAGUCCCUCAUGGCUCCCAACAAGUUCUCUCCUUUCCUCUCCGUUUCCUUCCGGAGAGGCGUCGAGAGCCGUGACCCCAUCUUCCCCGCAUCCGGCCUGCAGCUCUCCUUCGAGAGGCCGGACUGUGACCAGGAGAUCUUCGUCGAGCGCAUCACUGCUCGCGACGUCCACUUCUCCGAGUCCGGCCUGUGCACCGUCAGCCUUCCCAAGCAUGAGAUGCCCAAAUAUGCCAUUCCGAAGGGCCGCGAGGACACCGUCGGCGACGUCGUCGUCAAGCUGCACGCCUGGAAGGGCGAGAGGCACCUUGGUGCGUGGGAGGUGGGCAGGCUGAGCGGGCCUGACGCUUACAGGGUAGUGGGCUGA